AUGCCAGCAUCAGCACCAGCUCUUGCUCUGAACCAGGGUCCAAUGACCAACGAAGUCCUGAGGGGCAUCUUCGCGUCCGACCAAGACAUGUACCCCGCGCCGCUGACCUGGGACCGCCUCCGGAGCUGGACGACUGCAGCGCCCGAGCUGGCCACUUGCUUCUACCUCUCUGCCGACGCCGUGGAGAACGACGACACCCAGACACUCGUCGGAGCCGUCAUUGCACUCCCGAUACUGGCACCUGCGUGGCGGGAUUUGCUGGCGGGCGAGGUCAAGGAAGUGGAUGUGGAUGCUGGGACUAUGUUUCCUCGCGAUGGUGCUGAGCAUCCAGAGGUCGGGCUGCACGUCUUUCACGUCGAGAGGUUCGAUGUGCCUGAGGCGCGGGGUAAGGUGCGAGGAUUCGCCGAGACCUCGAUGCAGGCUGUCGUAGCUGCUGCAGAGAGGAAGGGAUGGUCGAUCAUCGGCUAUUCAGCACUCACAGCAACGCCAGAAGGACGAAGAUGCUUUGAGAAAAUGGGCUUCGAAGUGACGGGCUACGAGGAGUUCUGGGUUGACGACGGUCGCGAAGGUGUCAAACUGGUUACAAUCACAGCGGAUACCGCGCCCGAGAAACGCGAAGUGCGAGAAGCGGCGACAGUUCGAGGCCAGGCGAGGAUGCUAGUGAAGCACUUGCAUCCAGUCACCGAUGCUUAG